UCGGUAUAUAUGAAUUUGUGCUUAUUAAUGUAUUUGCAGAAAGUCGGAAAAAAAUGGGAGAAACGGUGUUUACGGCUUGUCUGGAAGGAAUACAGAGUAUCAAAUGCGAACAAGGCGAUAUGCUGACAAAGCCAUUCUUGGAUGUCUGCAAACUUAUUCUGCCCCUAUUAGAUAAAUUUGGGGCUGCUAUGACGAUCGUAAAAUCCGAUAUCAGCGGUAAUAUAUCGAGGCUGGAAUCUAAGUUCAAUUCAAAUCCUUCCAGAUUCAACUACCUCUACAACUUGGUACAAGCUGAAGUCGAGACGAAAACUGCCAAGUCAUCGUGCAGCUGUACCAACGGGCUUCUCUGGUUGACCAGAGCAAUGGAUUUCUUAGUCGAGCUAUUCCGUAAUCUAGCGGAACACCAUGAUUGGUCGAUGUCGCAAGUCUGUAACGAUGCAUAUAGCAAGACUUUAAAGAAAUGGCAUGGUUGGCUUGCUAGUUCGAGUUUCGCGGUUGCUAUUAAGCUUGCACCGGAUAGGAAGAAGUUCAUGGAGGUUAUCGGCAUUGAAGAUGGCGACAUUUACGAUGAUAUGCAAAAGUUCUGCACCGAUUUUUCUCCGAUCCUAGUACAGAUUCAUAAGUUUCUGGCAAGUGUUGGAUUGGACAGUAUGAAAUCUUCGUGA